UUCAUCCAUCUGUUUAGAGAAGUGCUUGCUCACUCCUAGGAUAGCGCCAUUGAUUAGUCGAGUCUGGAUUCUGGGCUGGACAGGAAACGCGAGACGCAUAGUGUGUAUCGCCCAACAAUCCUGGGAAAGAAUGGGAUAGAGAAUGGGAAGAAGUCUAUGUGCAAACGGAGUUUGUAUGACAAGCGGUUAGUGAAAAAAGAGAUGAGGACAGCGGACACUAGAGUUAUUUAAAUUGAUGCACAGAAGCGUGUUAUUUGGACCAAUAAAUCAUAUAAUUUCCUCGGCAAUCCUGUGAUUACUGCGUUUGGUUUUCAUCAUCCAUUGGGGAGAAAGAACAGAAGACGAGCCGCUGUGUUGAAUUCCAAAUUAAUUGAGAUUUAAGUUUGACCGUCAUUGAUUCGUUGGUCGUGUUUCCUAAGCGGGACCAAGCAAGAGACACACCAAAGAUGGCAGACGUGUCGGACGAUGAGCUGGAACACGGCGCCGAGGAGGAGGACAGCGAUAAGGAGGACCAGGACCUUGACAAGAUGUUCGGAGCCUGGCUGGGGGAGCUGGACAAACUCACACAGAGUCUGGAUGACGGCAAGCCACAGAAGCCAGUCCAGAAAGCUCCCCUCAGACAGGAGACCAACAUGGCCAACUUCUCCUACCGCUUCUCCAUGUACAACAUCAACGAGGCUCUGAACCAAACGACUGAAACCGUAGACCUGGAUGCCCUGAUGGCCGACCUUUGCACCAUAGAACAGGAGCUCAGCACAAUCGGCAAGCCCAACGCUGCCCGCCAGGUUAAAGGUCAACAGCGUGGACUCGCAGGUCGCAGCGCCAGCGCCCGGCAGACUGGCAGCGGAGGGGGUAGCAGUGGGGGCAGCACCAGUAGCAGUACCAGGGCGUCGCCCGCCUCCACCGUCCGAGGGGGCAGCGUCAACUCCCACGGCCGACCGUCGGCGUCCAACUUCUCGCUGGACGACAUCACGGCCCAGCUGGAGCAGGCGUCGCUCAGCAUGGACGAGGCGGCGCGCCAGACCUCCUCGUCCUCGUCGUCGUCCUCUUCCUCAUACACCUCAGCCACGCUCCGGCGCCCUACGUCCGGUUCCUCGCAGCACCGGAGGACAGGCUCCGUGGGAACGGUCAGCGAACUCGAAGCCGAGGGCCACUCGGCCAGGUCCAGUGUGAAUUCGGCGUCCGCCUCAAGCAUGGACUCACUGGACAUCGACAAGAUGUUGUCUCAGGUACCCGGUGGGGCCGAACAUGGCAGCUCAUCCCCGGGGCCGGAACCACUGCAGGGCCAGGCCAGUACGGAACACUCCUAUCUGGACAAAGAAACCUCCCUCAUUCUGAAAAGCAUUGCAGGAAAGCCUUCUCACCUGCUGACCAAGGAGGAGCAGGCGGCCAAAGUGAAGGCUGAGAAGAUCCGAGUGGCUUUGGAGAAAAUCAAGGAGGCGCAAGUCAAAAAGCUGGUCAUCCGGGUGCACCUGUCGGACCAGAGCUCCAAGACCAUGAUGGUGGACGAGAGGCAGACUGUCAGGCAGGUGCUGGACAGCCUGCUGGACAAGUCCCACUGUGGCUACAGCUCCGACUGGUCCCUGGUGGAGACCAUCAGCGAACUGCAGAUGGAGCGGAUCUUUGAGGACCACGAGAACCUGGUGGAAAACCUGCUCAACUGGACCAGGGACAGCCACAACAAACUGAUGUUCAUUGAACGCAUCGAGAAGUACGCCCUCUUCAAGAACCCCCAGAACUACUUGUUGGGGAGGAAGGAGACAUCUGAAAUGGCUGAUAGGAAUAAAGAGGCUCUACUAGAGGAAUGUUUCUGUGGCAGCUCAGUGUCUGUCCCGGAGAUAGAGGGAAUCCUUUGGCUUAAGGAGGACGGCAAGAAGUCUUGGAAGAAGCGAUACUUCCUGCUCCGCGCAUCAGGAAUCUACUACGUGCCCAAAGGCAAAGCCAAGUCCUCCAGGGACCUGGUUUGCUUUCUCCAGCUGGACCAUGUCAACGUGUACUACGGUCAGGACUACCGCAGCAAAUACAAGGCCCCCACGGAUUACUGCCUGGCCCUCAAGCACCCCCAGAUCCAGAAGAAGUCGCAGUACAUCAAGUACCUGUGCUGUGACGACGUCAGGACCCUCCACCAAUGGGUGAACGGCAUUCGCAUCGCCAAGUACGGGAAGCAGCUGUACGUCAACUACCAGGAGGCGGUGAAACGCACAGAGGCUGCCUACGACUGGUCCUCCCUCUCCACCUCCAGCAUCCGAUCUGGCUCCAGCUCAGGCUCGGCCAGUCUGCCUGAGUCCCAGUCGAACCAUUCCGGUCAGUCGGACAGUGGGGUGGACAUGGCCUCCAGCCACGGGCGCUCCCAGAGCGUGGUCAGUUCCAUUUUCUCAGAGGCCUGGAAGAGAGGAACCCAGAUGGAGGAGAACAACAGGAUGAGGGAAUCCACCCGAGGGGCCACCCUUCCGCACCCUGCCCAUGCACACCGCCAGACCCCACAUCUGGAGACUCCUGGCCCAGCACCCCCGCAGCAUCUGUCACAACAUCUACAGCAGACACCACAACAGCCGCCCCCGCAGCAGCAACAGCCCCCGCAGCAGCAACAGCCCCCGCAGCAGCAACAGCCCCCGCAGCUGCAGCAGCCCCCGCAGCAGCCCCCGCAGCAGCAACAGCCCCCGCAGCAGCCCCCGCAGCAGCAGCAGCCCCCGCAGCAGCAGCAGCCCCCGCAGCAGCAACAGCCCCCGCAGCAGCAACAGCCCCCGCAGCAGCAACAGCCCCCGCAGCAGCAACAGCCCCCGCAGCAGCAACAGCCCCCGCAGCAGCAGCAGCCCCCGCAGCAGCAGCAGCCCCCGCAGCAGCAGCAGCCCCCGCAGCAGCAGCAGCCGCCGCAGCAGCAGCCGCCGCAGCAGCAGCCGCCGCCACAGCAGCCGCCGCCACAGCAGCCGCCGCCUCCACAGCAGCAACCACACCCCCAAAUCAACAGCGGCAACACCUACCCGGUUUCCCCCCAGCCACUGGGAGGCGCCUCCCCCCCGACUCAACCGCAGCUGCCACUUCACAUCCGCAGCAGUUACACCCAGCAGCUGUCUCCCGAACCGCCUGGUGUCUGCCCCUAUGCCGAGCCUCCCCAGCCGAUGCGGCAGCCAUCUCCUCCGCCCCCACCUCCCCCGCCCCCACCGCCCCCACCGCCCCUACCAGCCAGCAGCACCCCCCACCACUCGGGCCCUACCGUCUUCGCCAAGUACAGUACCAUCACCCGGCUCCAGAACCAGAACGCCGCCCACCAGGCAGCCAGUCACCACAGGGUGCAGACCGGCAGCCACCACAGCGCGCCCCCGGGGCCGGCAAAAGCACCGCCUCCUUCCCAGCAGGUGGUGAAUGCCCCGCCUCCCCCGCCACCACCUCCCCCGCCCUCUAUGCCCGCUUUCGGCUCAGCCAUGGCUGCCCUGAGGCUUGGGCCCCCCGGCUCGGCCGCCCCGCCCCAGUUUGUCUCGCCACCCCCGCCGCCCCCGUCAGCGCUUAGCAACGGCUUCCCCCCACCCCCUCCUCCUCCGCCAGCCCCCGUCCCAGGAAUGUGCCCGCCAUCCUACGGCACCAACCCAUUCCAACAGGCGCUGAAGUUCCCCAGUCCUCCCCCGCAGGACCUCGCUGACGACGAACUGGUCGAGUCGACCCCGGCACCACCUCCUCCUCCGCCGCCCCCUCCUCCACCACCACCGCCUCCCCCUCCUCCUCCACCGCCUCCUCAACAGUUUCUGGGCUCUGCACCUCCACCACCACCUCCUCCUCCACCUCCUCCCCCACAGCAGCAGUACCCACCCGCGCCUGCUCCUCCUCCAGCCCCGAGGAAAACCUUCUCCCCGGGCUUUCUGCCCCACCUCGGUGUUCUGAAGCCCCUGUCCCCCGUUUCCCCUCUCCCUCCCGCUCCGGCUCCCCCCCCUCCUCCGGUUUCAAUGAAGAAGCAGUCCAGCCUCCAGAUAGGCCACACCCCCCACCAGCCCCCUCCCACCUUGCCCAAGCAGCACAGCCUCUCCAAGCCGCCUCCCCUGUCCUUCAUGGCUCCGCCCACAGGCUCCUCCCUGGUCAAGCAGAUGGCAAGCCAGUUCCCAGGGUCCACACUGUCGACCAAUCACAUCGAGAUCUCAAAGGCACCCCUUUCCCCUCCCGCCGUGAAGACCAAACCUAGGUGGCAGCCGGGGGGGGGGCAGGCCCCGCAGCCGCUCCCAGAGUUCCCCCCGCCCCCUUCUGAGAGCAGCCUGCCUUUCCCUCCUCCGCCUGGCCCUGCUCCUCCGCCUCCCCCACUGCCCCCCGGCAACCUUGGCUCGCCCCUGAAGAGAUCACCCUCUGGCUCCUCCGCCUCUUCCUCGGGUUCCUCCGGUUGGGGGGGCAGGAAGCCCACCCCCGUCACACCCCAGAGGGCCUCAAGCGUCAAGUCCAACUCCUCAGCGGAGUACCAGGAGUCCCGCAGGAACCUUCUCAGCAAGUUUGCCCCACAGUCCUCCCCCUCCACCUCCCUGCCUUAUCCUGCCUCCUCCUCAGGUAUUUCUCCCUCCCCGGCUGGCCCCCCGGCGCCCCCUAAGCCCGGCAAGCUAAACUUCGCCAACCUGCCCCCUGCUCUGCAAUCCAAAGUAGGACAAGCGGGCCAACAGUGCCUGCCCACGUCCAACUUUCCUCGCCCUCUGCCUGACUCCGGUGGGCCUUACUUCCCCCCUCCCCCUCCGGCCUCUGACCUCUUCCCCCCUCCCCCUCCUCCGCUCCCCAAUGACGGGCACACAGGGGCGCCUAAAGUGGCAGUGGUCAACCCGCAGCCAAAAGUACCCCCGCCCCCUCCCGGACCCCCUCCCCCUGCCACCAUCAACUCCUCCUGGAGCAAGGGCUCCCUGAAGAAGGCUCCUCCCCCUACGCUGCAGCGGAGCCAGCCGCCAACCUCGCCCCCGAAGGGCAACGGCAACGCCAGCGGGCCCCAGCCGGGUAAUUUCAUGGACGACCUUCACCGGACUCUGAAGCGCAAGUCAUCCAACCGGCAGGGCCUUAAACCUGAGCCAGCCGUGGGCUGCGCGGACGACUCGGAGUCUACCUUGCCCCCGCCGCCACCCGAGCUGCUAUCGGAGGGGAACGUCCCAGGCUAUGCAACGCUUCGGCGGGGGCCCCCGCCAGCCCCGCCUAAAAGGGGGGACCACACCAAACUAACACACUGAGAAGGGGAGCUGUAGACGAGGGGACUUGUUGUCGGCUGACACCUGCUUGUGACUCUUUUGGUAGAGGAGCUGCUGUCUGCCGAUCAAACAGGAAACUGACGAGCUGGAACUCACCAGGUUCGUGAAGGCCUCAAUGUGUAAAUAAGGAAUCGCCAAAACCAUGUAUCAGCUUCUUCUUCGCCAUAUCGUCUGUGCCACAUAAUCGGAACCAUAAUUUGUGACGACGCAAGGAUUUCAUUUGCAUUGGUACUGCAUGAACCUCCUGUAAAAUACGAGGUGUGUUUGUGUCUGAAAGAGAGCGAGCCCAGUUAAGACCUCUGUAAUAGGGAUUGUUAGUUUUGCCUCUGUUUUUGUAUGAAAUUAUUUAAUACUUAAUGGGGAUGUUCUUAUUUUAUAGUUGUUUUCAAAAGCUAGUUGGCUAAAGUCAAAUUUGUCAUGAAGAAAAAGUCUCAUGCAUGUUUUAGAGAUGGAUAAGUGAAGGUUAGGGGAGGUUGUUUGAAGGAGUGUCUUAAGAAUACCCAGAAAGCUUUGUAAAUGUUUCUUAAGCAUUCCCUGAAUAUUCUACAAGGCUCUUGCUCUCUGGGUUGCGAUUCAGCAAUGUGUGAAUCAAGAAGGAGGCCUUUUAUCACAGACAAUUGCACAGACUUUUAAAACAAUCUCCAAAAAACUGGAGAUUCCCUUAUCCCAAAGGCAGGAAACCAUGACUGUGCAACUGGAAAAAUGAGUGAAUUUUUUGAUUUGCAUUUUUUAAGGACAAUUGUUUUUUUAUUUUUAUUUAAUUCAUAGAAAAUGUGGCUUAACCGAAGACAUGACUGAAACGUGACGAGGCUUGUCAUGUGUAUCAUGUGUGUAUCUUUGAAGGCCCUGUAAGUUUUCGGGGUGUGUGUGUCUUGUUGGUUUGACCUAUGACCUGACCUGCUUCUGUAUCGUGUUCAUUAGGCAUCAAGCAUAAGAAUGCCGAACAUGAAACGGCGAGGGUCUGGUCCAAUAAGAAACAUAUUUUUUCAUUGCAAAAUGUUUUGAAACGUUUUGGUGCCUAAUGAACCUGAUCAGCUUCUGUUUUAUAUCUGUACGUAACAGCUCCGCUUCUCUCCCAUUGGCCUCUGACGCCUUUUGAAUAUCACAUGACAAGGCCACAGAAAUAGAAUGUCCACAUAGCUGGGCUGCUUGCUAGUGGUUGAAAUGUAGACAACAAAUUAUUGCUUGAAAGUAUUUAACAUUGCUUUGAGAAUUGUUGAUGCUGUUGUCAGUAACGUCACAUUUCAAGCUGACUAGCAGAAAAUCCCCCACAAAUUCCCACCUGGCUUGCAAAAACAAAAUGUUCUUCCUACUGGUUUGUCACACAUCCUGUUUUCAUGACCUGAACUUCUGAGUGUGGUGCUGCCUCCGGCUUCUCCCACUGAAAUGCAGUUCGGAGACGGGGCUGGCUGUUCCGCACUCAGCCAGGAACAGAAAGGCGUGGCCGGGGUUUUUUCUUGCAGUGAAGCCUUCAUUUCAAGGGUGCUAGUGUUUAUCGUCUUAAAAAGCCCGGAUAUAAAGGAGCCGACAUCUUAAAAUGCUUGACGUUCCAAUUCUAAAUGUGUCCACCAGAGUCGGUUUUCCCCGGAUCAUAUUUAUAUAGGCAUUCGUUGAGUUUCCACCAUUGUUUAACCCAUGCUCUUAAGUAGAAUGGUGGAGAACCCAGGUAAUUAGAGCCCAAGAUAUAGUGACUGUAACCGCAUAAAUCUGAAGGACCGCAAUGAGAACUAAAGUGGACCAUGAAUGCUGCGGUACCACAUCUACAUACAUAAAACAUGCUGUCAUAUUAUCUUGCAUAUUCCAUUGUCUCUCUGCUCUUGGGAUGCUCUGUAUUGGCGUAGGUUGAAGUUGGCCCUAGUCCCUGAUCCUGGAUCAGUUUUUUGUUUGCCUCACCAAUAGUUAAGGUUAGGAUUGGGGUGAAGCUUAUCCUGGAUCUGUACCUAGGGGAAACUUCACCAGUGUAUUUCCAUGACUGAAUAUCAUCUUGCUUUCCAGGUUGUCGGUUUUGCAGUAUGUUGAAAUGAAGUAGAGAUUUAAUUGUUGUACUGUUGUAUCAGAUAUUGGGGGCCAAGUGAAACGAAAUGAAGUAAAACAGGAAGAAUGCAGACGAAAUGUCUGUUCAUGCAUAUAAACCGAAGAUCACAAUAUAAAUGUUAAAACCAUACCUCAA